GAUAAUCAACUGUCAUUCGCCUCAGUUCGCAGUCAGUAGUGCUCGGUGUUUGUUUUGCUUCGAAGCGAAGUUGAAUCGCUCGAUUAUUCCAUGAAAUUUGGUACAAAUUAACGAUUAGUGCAUCAAAUAUGGAGCGGUACUGCCGAGUUUGCAUGGCGGAGAAUCCAGCGGAGCUGAUUUCUCUAUUUCAAAUCCACGACAAUGAGGAGGAAGUGAUUGCAAACAUGAUCAUCGAUUGCACAGAGGUGAUGGUUUCGGAUGACGAUAAUCUUCCUCAACAAAUAUGCGAAAAAUGUCUAAUCCGGCUCAAUCAUGCGUACGAGCUGCGCAAGCAGUGCCAAAAAUCAGACGAAGCUUUCCGGGCCAUGUUGAUGACAGGAGCGUCAUUUCCUAACGAAACUCAACAAAACACUAAAUAUUCAGCUGACGAUCAAAAGAUUGAAACUCUUCAGCCUAAUCGUGUUGAUGAUGCAGACGAUAAGUCAGAAAAAGAAUUGAUUACAUCUGAUCCUUGGUAUGGGACACCGUCGAUAGAGGACGAAGAUAUGACUGAGGCACAAAGUGUGGAAUACUUAGAUGAAGAUGAAGACUACCAUGAGUAUGUCGGUUCAACAACAAAGAUCAAAACUGAAGCAACUUCUGAGGAUAAGCGUGAUCACAAAGUGCGAAUUGGUACAAUUCCAGAACCUGAAUUUGUCAACAAAAUGGAAGAGUUUGACCAUUACAUUGUAUACCAAGUUUGUGGAGAACGAUGCUGCGGUUGUCACAUGAUUUUUCCAGACAUCGACUCCUUGUCUAAUCAUUGCCAGCAGGAUCAUAACAAUGAACAGAUAUCUACGGUGCGAUCAAAGCUCGAGUGCGAUACGUGUUUCAAGCGAAUGGAAUCCAUUCAACUCCUAAGAAAGCAUAAACAAGCUGUGCAAAAUAACGUAUUGUAUUAUUGCAAACUUUGCAGUUCUGUUUUGGAAGACGAGCUCAGCUUUUUGAAGCACAUUCUCAUGAUGGAAGAUCAUGACGUAGUAGUUGACACUAUCACAUUAGUUGAUAAGUUUGAAGAACAGCUAUCGAAAGGAUCUGUAUGCUGUGGCUGUGAAAUUAUUUGUCGAGAUGAAUCUGAUUUGAAGAAACAUAUCGCAGAGACACAUUUUUCAAAUACGAAAUCAGUUGAACAUGAUGGAGAUUUGGAAUGUAGAAAAUGCUUCAAAUGGAAUCAGCAGCAGCAAGAAGAGUUACUAAGGCACCAGUCUGAAGCACAACUUCGUUUAUAUCACUGCCGUAUUGGUGAUUGCACUUAUUCGACAAUUCACAAACGUCAUAUAAUAAAGCAUAUAACUACGAAUAAUUCUCAUCGGAAUUCUUCUGGUAAGCCGGCAAAACCUAUGAAAAAAGAUCAAAAAGUAAUCGAAGAUGAUGGUCGCUUUUGUUGCUGCUUUGUGCGGUGCCACGAGAUGUUCGACGUUUACGAAGACCUUGAGAAUCAUGCAGAAACAGUUCAUGAACUAUUACGAAUCCAGCACAGGCAGGAUCGGGAGCAUACGCAAGUCGUUUGCGAAAUCUGCUUGAAGGGGUUUGAAAAUGAACAAGCCUUCGAUAGACAUCGGUCCUCGGACAAAAAUCGAAAACACGUUUGCGGUACGUGUGGAGCAAAAUAUGUUUCGAAAUCUACGUUGGUACAGCAUGAGCGUAGUAACUGUGGGAAAGUUGCGCAGUAUCAGUGUUCUGAAUGCGAUAAAACGUUCAUGUCGCUAGGUGGUUUUCGAAAUCAUCAGGAAGUACACAGUGCAAAGAGGUCUCAUGUUUGCGACAUUUGUGGCCGAGGAUUUUUACGCAAAGGAAUUCUAAAAGACCAUAUGAACACGGUUCACUCCAAAGCCAGGUUGUUUCAAUGCACAUUAUGUUCGAAAUCCUUCACCAGUAGAAAUGUGUUCCAGUCCCAUCAGAUGACUCACACGAAGGAGAAGCCGUAUCAGUGCCGACAUUGUGAAAAGCGGUACUACAAAACCAGUGACAGAACCAUGCACGAAAAUCAAGUCCACCUGGGAAUCCGACCGUUCAAGUGCGGUUUCUGUCCGGCGUCGUUCAUAAGGAAUCGUGAGCGGAGGCUGCACGAGCGUACCCAUACGAAGGCUAAACUCUACAACUGCGAUCAAUGCUAUGAAGGGUACAAUAAGUUUUCCGAAUAUAAGGCGCACCGUUUCGCAGAGCAUGGAUUGGAUACACUCAGGGAUCUGGGUCCGGUGGCAAUGGCUGCCGUCCACGGGGAACAAGAGCAGCCCGGUAUACAUCAGACUACCGAAUGUAAACUAGAAAUUGAGGUUUGUGAUAUGGCCGAAUGAAUGAUGAAAUUGCAUUGCGUUAUAAAUGUUGUAGGAAAUUCA